GGAUGCUGGUUGACAAGCAUUUCUUCUACUGCCUUAGGCUGUCCUUGCCCAUGUCCAAUUUCUGACAGAUGCCACGGCAAUAGUGUGUGGAAAUGCGCAAUGAACAGGACCAGGAACCUCAUCCAGGAGAAAGUCCUGGUGUCUGCCACAAGAGGGAAAGUGGAGAUGGAGACUGGAUAGCAGAGCAUGCCAGCACAGGGCAACAACGGCUGGAGAAUCCACAAGGGGAAACAUUACUGGGUGCCCCAUCUGUACUGAAUACAAUGAUGACACUGAACAUUCAGAUCAUCUUUGGCCUCCUUUGCUGCAUGAUUUUUCUUCCUACAGAUGGCUUCCAAGCAGACACCAGUACUGAAUUUCGCUCUGCUUUCUCUGUGGCCAGAACCAGCAGCAUGGAAGGGAGCUCUGAGAUGGUGAUUACCUUUGACAAAGUGUAUGUGAAUAUUGGCAAUGAUUUUGACCCCAAGACUGGAUUGUUCCGCUGCCGGAUCCCAGGAGCCUACUACUUCUCCUUUACCGUUGGGAAAUACCCAAAGAAAAACUUGUCUGUCAUGCUGAUGAGAAACAAGAAUGAGGUGCAGGUAAUUGUGUAUGAUGAACAUCACCGCAAGGAACGCAAGGUGGCCAGCCAGAGUGCCAUGCUGCAGCUUGACUACGGGGACACAGUGUGGCUGCGUUUACAUGGAGAUCCCAAGUAUGCUCUUUACAGCAAUGUGGGACCCUAUACAACUUUCAAUGGCUACCUGAUCUAUCCAGACACUUCUGCCUUCUUCCAGAAUGCUCUUGACUCUCAAGAGCUCGGGCCACACCCUCACACAAUUCAGCAACUUCCCAGAGAGCAGAAUGAAGCUUCACAGCGACGUGUGUUAUCUGACCAACCAAAGAGGUUGCAAGACCCUCGCUCUGCAUUUUCUGUUGCCCGCUCACAAAGUCUCCUGGGGACAGAUGAGAAGCAAACCCAGCAUGAGCCAAUCACAUUUGAUACAGAAUUUGUGAAUAUUGGAAAAGAUUUCAAUUCCUCCACUGGCGUCUUCACAUGCCGUAUACCUGGUGCAUACUAUUUCUCCUUCACCAUUGGCAAAAUGCCCUUUAAGACUAUGUCAGUGAAACUGAUGAAGAACCACAAUGAGGUGCAGGCCAUGAUCUAUGAUGACAACCACUCCAAGAGACGGGAGAUGCAGAGCCAGAGCAUCAUGCUGCCUCUGCAAUACGGGGACACCGUUUGGCUCUACAGCCAUCAGCAUGAUGGCUAUGGUGCCUACAGCAACCACGGCAAGUACAUCACUUUCACAGGCUUCCUCAUCUAUUCAGAGGCUCAGCCAAAGUGGCUUCCAGGUGCCAGCUCACCUCAAGGGUCAAACAAUUAAAUGCAGAUGUGAAAGGAGCAUAAGAAGAGCCAAGGUGCCAUGAACUUGGGUAUAGCUUCUCUGAAUAUCAUCAGCUUUGAGCAUGCUGUCAUGUGUCCAGUGCUUUCCUUAUGCUGCACGCUUGUGCCCUGUCAGCAGGGCCACUGCUGUGUGUGCCAUUCAUCCGUAGAGAGGCCUUUCAGGUUGUAGCUGUGUGUCCCGUGUUGGUGUUUGAUUUAACAUAAAGCAUGAGGUAGUUUUGGGGCAGGGGUGGGGCACUAUAGUGAGAUGCUGAGGAUCAGAGAACUACUGCAGUCAUGAUACUGCAGAUCUCCAGCAUCCAGAGAGAAAAGUGUGUGGUGACUUUCCUUGUUUAUCCAGGGAGGGAAUAAAUGUAAUGAAAAUGAAUGUAAUAAAAAUACAAAAGAUGAGAAUGUUC